CAUCCACCCUGCGGCCUCUGCAAUUCCCAGCGCCAUGAAGACUGCUUUUGCCGCCCUGUCGUCCUUUGCGACGCUCACGAGUGCUGCUCGUCUGCUCCUCCAAAUUCCCAACACGCCCCUCGUAAACCCCUCCACCCUGACAUCUACCACACACGCAACCCUGCAGUCGUCGGGACCGCCCAUCGAUGCCUACCUUACGCGCGCCAACACCUUCAAUUUCAACAACGUAAGCGCGGGCAGCUACCUUGCCACGGUGCACUGCCGCGACUAUGCUUUUGAGCCACUGAGAAUCGAUGUCACCCUGGAAGAGGCCGUUGAAGGCAGUGGAGACAAGAAGGAGGUUAUCAGGGCCUGGCAGACCUUCCUAGGAAACGAGUGGGACAACAAGGGCGAGAGCCGUGGUGAGGGCGGAAAUGGGCUUGUCAUCGAGGCAAGACCGGUGGCGCCCAAGUACUUUUAUCAGGAAAGACAAGGCUUCUCACCAUUGUCGUUCUUGAAGAACCCUAUGAUUCUCAUGGCUGUUGUCUCCAUGGGUCUCAUCUUUGGCAUGCCCAAGCUGAUGGAGAAUAUGGAUCCCGAAAUGAAGGAGGAAUUUGAGCAAAUGCAAAAGAAUGGCGUCUUGGGCUCCGGCACCACCAACACCGCCCAGCAGAUACAAAACUUUGACCUUGCAUCAUGGAUGGCUGGUAAGACAGAUGCGGGAACCACGAGCGCAAACGCAAAUGCUCCAAGCUCCGGGCAAGCGAAGAAACGAUAAAUGAUGAAACACGUCAAGCACGUUUGGCUCUAGUUAGCAGCCAUGUGCUCAGUCCCUCUGAGCCAGCAUACUACGCUUCACUGUAUUCUGAGCAGAUAGUGUAUUUUAUGAUCAACAAAAGGGCCUUGCCCAACUGCACUUUGACCAUUUCGGCCCUUCCUUUUUUGGGCAACCGCCA